CUCAUGGGUUUCUCCCUCACUGAUACUCUUCUUGUCGUGAAAUUUAGCUUUUGAAUUUAUUUUAAGAAGAUGGCGAAGUACAGUCAAAUAGAUAUGUUGUAGGAGCUGUUCUAGCGAUUGUUUCCACUCAAAAUUACCAGCUAUCUUGCUAGCUGGCUUUCGCUGACGUUCGCUCGCUAGCCAUAGGAGAUGACUCGGAUUAAUUAGCGCUAGCAGCCUGGUACAAGGACACGGUGGUAUUUUAUAUGAUCUCAAACCGAGCGUCCGACGUAAGGGAAGCAUUCCUCGCUAUUGCUGUGAUUAGUUCGCCAUGUAUGUGAAAACACAAUCAUUUGAUACUUAAAAGUGACACGGCUAGUAAAAUUAGCUAAUCCUCUCCAGAUAGCAAAUUGACAACGCAGCUUACUUCGUAUUAGCCAGCGUUAGCUGGUUUUAGCCAACCUAGCUGUUACGGUCGGGGUAUGAUGCGAUGGCUAACUUGGUACUAGUUUCCGUAGUUUCCUUGACUCAGGAAUAAGGAGCAUAUUCUUUAAGGAUGAGUUCUACAUUGGUCGUUCAAAUGUUGUGUAUUCAACUAACAACGGCAUGUUUCAGUUGCCGUGUUGCUUAACAGUAAUGUAGAAACAUUGAUGAUGAGCUUAUCUCAACCCAUCGAGAUAACCUAGCCCUAGUGGCCGGGCACAUUCUUCCCUAGGUGAUACCCGCAGAAACUGGAUCAAUUUUUCGACUGAACAAAGGUUGUUACUAUCUGAAAAGGUUACAGAAGGAACUAUUAGCUCUGCAAAAUGAUCCACCCCCUGGCAUGACAUUAAACGAGAAGAGUGUUCAGAAUACGAUUACACAGUGUCUGAAAAUCAUUGAACCUCAGCCCUGUAUUUGGUGGAUUGUAGAUAUGGAAGGAGCCACCGGUACUCUCUAUGAAGGCGAAAAAUUCCAGCUGCUUUUCAAAUUUAGUAGUCGAUAUCCGUUUGACUCACCUCAGGUCAUGUUUACCGGGGAGAAUAUACCUGUCCAUCCUCAUGUUUAUAGCAAUGGCCACAUCUGUCUCUCCAUCUUAACAGAGGACUGGUCGCCCGCUCUCUCUGUACAGUCAGUUUGUCUAAGCAUUAUUAGCAUGCUUUCCAGCUGCAAAGAGAAGAGGCGACCUCCAGACAACUCCUUUUAUGUUAGAACAUGUAAUAAGAAUCCAAAGAAGACAAAAUGGUGGUAUCAUGAUGAUACAUGUUAAUGUAGAACUUUGGUAUACUCUUAGAAGAAAGAAGUCCUACUGACCUACAUAAGCACUUUUUAAGAAACAUUCAGUCUUUGAACUGUAAACUUUGACUGGAACUAUGGAGAUAUGCGCUGGAGAUUCUCCUGACUGCAACCCCAGAUGGGCAGUGGGAUUUGUGUACACAGGAGGUUGCACCUGAAAUGGAUGCCGAUUCGAAAAGACAGGACGGUAACGCGCCCCGAUGACGAUGAUGGUGAUUUGAUUGGGGGGGGGGUGUAUUGGGGGUGGUUUGGACACGAUAGUUAUGCAGGAAUCAGGAGGAUUUGUAGUGAGUUAUUCCUUAUACCAUUUGAGAAUCUUAUUCUGCUGUCUCUGUUUUCAUUUUCUGUUGGUACAGUUUAAGGUCCUCAUGUAUUGUGCAAUAACAAUGAUGGGAUGCAUGCUUGGGCUAAAAGGAGGAAAUCUAAAUCCAAGUCUAAUUUAGCUGAUCUGGAACAGACCAUCUUUACCCAUAAGCAAUUGCAACAUCUUUUUAUUGUCCUUUUUUCCUCAAAACAAUAUGCACUGUGAAAUAUAUCUAGUGGUACAAUGGCAUGUUGGUACAACAUGCUGUUAAAUAGAAACUUCUAAUCACUUUAGUUCUGGUCAUUAAAUUAAUGUUUUUAUUUAAUCCAUAUAUUCUGGCACGGCAUUACUUUUUCGUUUGAUCUAUUUCCUGAAAUUGCCCGGAUUAUAAUGAUUAUUAUUAUUUUUUAAAUCUUCCAGUUGUCUCAGAAGUGAGAUGGCAAUAUAAAGCUUUUUAAGGCUAUGAAACCAAGAAGGCCAUCUGAGCAUUUUAAGAACUGCUUGAUAUCACUCAUAGCCCGUAGGCCGAGUCCGUUCGAGGAUAAGUGGCUCUCCUCCCCAUUAUGAUAGCCCAGACACGUGAAUGCAGGACAAGAUCACUUCAUGGAUUUAUGAAUGUCAGCAAGAAAACUUUUUAUUGUGUUUUUGUGUUUCCAUUUUUAUUUGUAUGAUAAGUUUUAUAUUAAGAUUUAUGCUUUAAUCUUCUAAGAUGUCUAAUUUUAAAAUGUUGUCUUUCUUUUUUUUUUGUACUGUAAGUGUGCAAGCAGGUAUUUUUAAAAAAGGGUUCUUGAAGGGCAGUAAUUGGGGAGUGUAUGUCUUAUUUAAUGUUUUAAAAUGUUUUAAUCUCCUGAAUCUUAGCGUAAAAGGAAGUGUAAUAUGUAAAGGGUUCUUUAAAAGAGAGACUGUACGGCUUGAGUGCUAUUUCUCCUGGUCAUACUUGUCUGGCUCAGGUACUUUUUCAAGAAGAAAUCAUCUUUAGAAAAUUCCUAAAAAAGAUAUUUUGCAUUUAACUAUAUUUUCACCAAAAGGACUGUUACAUUGUUAAUAACCGUAUGUCUGAAACUGAUGUAUAUUAAUCUUCAAAUUGCGCCUGAUAUAUAUAAUAUACAAAAUAUAAAAAUUACUUAGUUAGCAAUGAGUGCACGGUCCUUGCAUUAGUUAUAGUUGCUGAACACACAUUUUUGUUUAGGAUUUUUUGCACUUUUUGCUAAUUAGGUGUCUGUACAGUCAUUUUAUCAGAAUUACUUGUCUAUUCGGAAGGAUUUUUUUUUUUUUGAAGCUCCAGUGAUGGGAUGUGUAUGAGAAAUCAGAGGUCAGCCAUGUCAAAAGCAGUUUUGUAUCAUGUCUGACUUCAAAACACUCCAUUCCCAAAGACUUACGUUGCCAUCCAUUCAAAAAAUACUUGAAUUUCCCCCUCUGGGUUGGGUCUUGUUGCUUCUCCACGAGUUCUUUUUUGUGAGAUUUCUGUCGAAGUGAAUGUGUUGGCAAUGGUGAAAUGGAGCUGCUUGGUACUACUGCUUCCUUCUGCAAGUCACAAUCCAGAUACUCUACCGUCACAAGCAUGUGUAUGUAACUUCAAGAGGUGAGCGAUGUGGUUGUUGUAUUAAUGAUUGCUGAAAGACAAUUUUUCGGAUGUUUGUUGCGAAUGGGGCCUAGCCUGAACCUAUGAGGGGUGGCAUAGUUGUAGCAUUACAUCUGGGGCACACCAUCUUCAGAUCACCAUGGAGAUUAGCAAAUAUACAAUAGAAGUAAUUACUAUUUGUGGGCUUGGAUGUCUCUUUUUAAUGUUUUUUUUUUUUUUUUUUUUUUUUUUUUAGUGACACUUUUUCAUAACUUAAAUAGACUAGAUCUUUUGGUUUGCAGAUUGUAUAAAUAAUCAAAGAAAUUGGUUUUCAUUUUUAUUUUGGGGGAAUUUGUUCUGGUAUGUACAAGCUACAUGUAAGUUGUGCCUGUUAAUUUAAAUAAUAAAAGCAAAUAUUUACAAUUCAUCCAUGGGGUUGUAUCAUACAGUGAGGGUCUUGUGACUUGUGUGCUGAAUGGGACUACAUUUAUGGGAUUUCUGAGAAAAUAGGAAAGUAAGAUUGGGCCAUUGACAUUAGUGUGAGUAGCCUUGCCAUACACAUUACCAAGGAGAUUGCAUAUUUGGUAUGUUAUCAGUGAUAAUCUGUGUCUAUAAGGCAGUGUAUGGUCUCAUUUGCCCUGUCAAAAUGAUGCUGUCCAGCUUUUGUAGUUUUCUGUAGGCCUAUAAUUUCUGUGUUUAGGCUCAUCUUGAAUUGCCUCUGUCAGUAUUUAUCUACACAAGGCAAUGCAAUAAUUUGUCAAAUGUAUAAAUAAAGGUAAAUUGAAUUAGAUGUCACAUUCA